AUCGCGGCAACAUCGUCAUCAGCUUCCAUAAAUCUGAAAGGUUACAGUGAUAACGCUUAUCGGUUACGGUUAUGGUUGAAACGUGCUAAGUGAAUCAUUGAAGUGAACUGUAAAAACGCGGAAAUAAUUAUUUGAACCUCAAUUCUCCCAACUGGAUCUUACAUCCCGAGUGAAGGUCUCGUUGUAAUUUAGAUUCCAGUGAUAACAACUGAUAGUCAAAACAUAUAAAAACGCGUUGCCAAAUUGAUUUUAAUUCAGUUUAAAAUCAAGCAGCUUAGCAUGUAUCGCAUCUCUGUGCUUUUUGUCCUUUUGGGACUAUCGUUGACUAACGCUUAUCCGCUACAUACUCCAGUGAUUGUAUUCGACUUGAGUGUCUAUGGCAAAGCAUUGUUUGGCCAACCAAAACUAGCAGAACCAUAUGUGUUAAGGACCCAGCCACGCGUCGCUCCCGACGAAGAAGAUGAGCAUCCUGAGGAAUCGGGCGAUUAUCUCGAAGGCGACAUCCUUGUGCCAGAGUCUUCGAUUAGCAUGAGAAGCACUCCACCCCGUGUGAGCACCACAUGGCCGAACGGAGUUGUUCCCUACGAGAUAUCGACCACUUUUCCACAGGAUGAUGUCGAUACAAUUAUGCGAGCCAUGGAGCUCAUACAGAACAAAUCGUGCAUCCUAUUUAUACCACAUACUACCGAGAAGGACUACAUCUUCAUUACCAAUCAGUAUAAGGGAUGCUGGUCAGCUGUUGGCCGGAUGGGAGACAAGCAGGAGGUCAACUUGCAGCUUCCAGCGUGUACCAAGAAGUUUGGCACACCCGUCCACGAAUUGCUGCAUGUCUUGGGAUUUCCACACGAACAGAAUCGCAAUAUACGUGACGAUUUUGUUGUCAUUGUUAACCAAAAUAUUAAAGCUGAGUUUAUGAAGAACUUCAAGAUCGAUGAACACGGACAGGACUUUGGAGUGAUCUACGACUACGGCAGCGUCAUGCAUUACUCCCAAAAAGCCUUCUCGAUCAAUGGCGAUCCCACGAUCGUGGCAAUAAAAAAAAGGGAACCUGGCGUUGAAAUGGGACAACGAACUAAUAUAUCCGAUUCGGAUGUAGCGAGGCUAAACCGAAUGUAUUGCGAAACGGAAACUGCGUCGACUCCCAUUCCAGUUGAGACGUAAAGAUCAGACAAAGAUAUUUUCCAUGUAUGAAAGAAAAUUUAUAUAAAUUUAUUUACAUAAAAUUUAGCUUGCUUUUAAUGCAAAUAAAUAAUGUAAACCAA